UUUGGACAAUUCCACCCAAAUCCCCAAACAACACUAAAAAUGACAGAAAAUGUGUCAACAGAAGCGCUCCACAAAAGGCCUUGGAAAUAUGUCGGCUAUCGCGGUUUUUGCGACUUUGUAGUAUCUGACAACGACUUCUUCGUCCUACGACGCUUCAGCCAACUUACCGCAAGGGUACUGUUAGCGCUUCAAGACGAGCUCUCUGAACUAGAAGAGCAGCUGCAGCUUCUCGAAAAUCACCUUUCGGAUCCAGCAUCUCCAGAUGUCCACAACGGUUCCUUACGAGAAGAGACCUCGGAGACGAGACUGGAGCUGAUUCGAGAGAUCGACAAGAAGCUCCGAGCAUACAACGAACUCGUAAUUCAGCAUUCCGAGGUCCGAUCUCGUCCCCGAGUGCCGGAAAAGGACAUUUCGAGCAUCUCGAACUGGUUCCACAACUAUGAGAACGCGAUUCACCCACCUGAGACCUCCUACAUACACUCCCACGGCGACCUGUUUGCCGUUGUUCCAAAGAAUAAAACACCUCUUCGCCGUCUUCUUGAGCAAUCCUCGCAUUUCAGGCUAUGGAAGCUGUGGAAGAAAGCCCCAAAGAUUCAAGAUGAAAAUAUCCACUAUACAUCUGAUCAACGAAUCGACUUCUUCGUUGGCAUGAUCAACACCACCCUUGGGCUGAUAAUGCUGAUCGUUCCUCUCUGGCUACUCGCUUUCGUGGGUAAGACUGUGAACCGGCUGGCUAUAAUCACGGCCUUCCUUGUCUGCUUUUUGUCCUUAGUAACGUUCACGACGAUCGCGAGACCUUUCGAAAGCCUAGGGGCUACUGCGGCGUAA